UGCUGUACUGCAAAGUCCUGCCACCCACCUUCAGGCCGUGCAGCUAUGUUCUGGGUGCCCUGACCCAACGAAAGUCCAUGGGGCACCCCAGACUGGCAGCCCUGCUCCUGCCUCUCAGCCUGCUGCUCAUUGGCGUCUCUGCCUCUGCUGGGAUUGGCUGUCCCUGUCUGCCCCACUGGACUACCUGCCGUCUGCUGGUCUCCCACAUGGAUGACAGUUUCACUGAAAGAUCUGCCCAUAUUCCUUGCCAUACCCUGCCACAUACCCGGGGUGCUUGGCUCUGGUGCUGCCCCUGCUGUUUGUGCCUGCACCUGGUGUCAACUCCUUCAGACCUUCAACGGAGCUGGUUCCACCGCCUGGUGCAGAAAUCCAAAAAGUCUUACAUGUUCCAGUUCUGUAGGAGACACAGGAUGCUAGCAUCUGCUCAGAGGAAGCUUCUGACUCACUGUUGCCUGUCUGAGAAGGACCAUCAAAUCUCCGUCCCCUCCCCAGACAUCUCCCAAAAUGGGCUUCGCUUCAAAAGGACCCAACCUUCAGAUCCAGAGGCAGUGGAAGGUCUCCCGAGGCAGGACUCACAAAGGCAUAAAGGGCCUGAGUUCUCCUUUGACUUGCUGCCUGAGGCACGGGCUAUUCGAGUGAGCAUUCCCUCAGACCCUGAGGUCAGCGUGCGUCUUUGUCACCAGUGGGCACUAGAGUGCGAAGAGCUGAGCAGUCCCUUUGAUGUCCAGAAAACCGUGUCUAGGGGCCACACUGUAGACCUGCCUUAUGAAUUCCUUCUGCCCUGUCUGUGCAUAGAGGCAUCCUACCUGCAAGAGGAUACAGUGAGGCGCAAAAAAUGUCCCUUCCAGAGCUGGCCUGAAGCCUAUGGCUCGGACUUUUGGAAGUCAGUGAACUUUACCGACUACAGCCAGCAUAGUCAGAUGGUCAUGGCCCCAACACUCCGCUGCCCACUGAAGCUGGAAGCCUCCCUCUGCCAGAGGCAGGGCGGAAACACCCUCUGUGAAGACCUCCCCAAUGCCACAGCUCGAGAGUCAGAGGGGUGGUAUGUUUUGGAGAAGGUGGACUUGCACCCCCAGCUCUGUUUCAAGUUCUCUUUUGGAAACAGCAGCCACAUUGAAUGUCCCCAUCAGACUGCCCCAUCCUGGAAUGUGAGCAUGGACACCCAGGCCCAGCAGCUGAUCCUUCACUUCUCCACAAGGAUGCAUGCCACCUUCAGUGCUGCCUGGAGCCGCCCAGACAUGGGGCGGGACAGCCUGCUGCCCCCUGUGUACAGCAUCAGCCAGACUCAGGGCUCAAGCCCAAUGACACUAGAGCUCAUCAUUCCCUUCCUGAGGCCAGGGGCCUGUGUUCUGGUGUGGAGGUCAGAUGUCCAGUUUGCCUGGAAGCACCUCUUGUGUCCAGAUGUCUCUAAUAGACACCUGGGACUAUUGAUCCUGGCACUGCUGGCCCUCACCACUCUAUUGGGAGUUGUUUUCGUUCUCAUCCUCCAGCGCCCACUGUCAGGCCCCGGCCAACCGCAUCCUGUGCUGCUUCUGCACGUGGCGGACUCAGAGGCGCAGCGGCGCCUGGUGGGAGCGCUGGCUGAACUGCUGCGGGCCACGUUGGGCGGCGAGCGCGACGUGAUCAUCCUGGGUUCCUUCUCCCACCACUAUCACGCUUGA